GUUUUCUACCUGUCAUCCGCCAUUUAUAGCACCGUACAGCGUUCCCGGCAGAUCGAGAGUUUACUUUAUUAAAAAGCGAAAUUGAAUUUUGGAGUCUUUUAUUGAUCAGAUCGGUUCAGUUAGUAAACAUAGACAAAAUGGCAGGUGCAACGAAAAAACAAAAAGUCGACGAAGUUCUCAAUGAAGAGGAAUCUGCUGCGUUGGAACAGAUUGAUGCAUGUCAGAAUGAUAUUGAUGCACUGAAUGAAACAGCAAGCGAAGAGAUUUUAAAGGUGGAACAGAAAUACAAUAAGCUACGCAAACCCUUUUACGAGAAACGAAAUGACAUAAUAAAGCGCAUUCCAAAUUUUUGGGUUACGGCAUUCAUCAAUCACCCCCAAAUAUCUGGGAUAUUGGAAGAAGAAGAAGAAGAAUGUUUGCACUUCCUGUCCAAAUUGGAAGUAGAAGAAUUCGAAGACAUCAAAUCCGGAUAUCGCAUACAUUUCCACUUCGACGAGAAUCCGUACUUUGACAAUGCCACAUUGACGAAAGAGUUUUGUUUGGGAGCGGUGAGUGGGCCAUCGUCGAACAGUACACCGAUCACGUGGAAAGAGGGCAAAGAUCUGUUAAAAUUGAUGCAAUUCAAGCAACAGAGCACCAAACGGAAGCGUCACCUCGAGUACAAAACGUUCUUCGACUGGUUCAUCGACAACAGCGAUCCGGUUAACGAUGAAAUUGCUGAGCUAUUGAAAGACGACUUGUGGCCAAAUCCGUUGCAGUAUUACUUGGUUCCGGACAUUGAAGUGGAACCGGAAGAAGGUGAAAACAGCGACGAAUUUGCCGAAGAAGAGCAAUUCGAAGACGAAGAAGAAGAUGGCGACGAGGAUAAGUAAAUUGGACGAAAAUCAAACCAUUUGGUAUCAAUGGUCAGAAUACCCAAGAAUUGACAUGUUAAAAUCAUAAAUUUACGAAACAAAAUGAAUGAAAAUUAAGAAAA